AUGGGUUCCAAGAGGUACUUUGGCCUCACGGGCAAUGCUCUCAACAAUCUGAGAAUUGCUCUCAUCAUCGCGCCCAGCUUCAUUCUUUACGGGUACAACAUUGGCGUCGUCGGUGGCCUGCUGACGGAAGAAGACUGGGUCAAAACGUUCCCCGAGAUCGACACCGUCAACACAACCGGAGCCCAGAAAUCGGCCAAUUCGACACUCCAAGGCUUCAUCGUCGCCACCUUCACUAUUGGCGCAACUAUCGGCUCACUAUCUUGCUCCUGGACCGGCGAUAUCUACGGCCGCCGCAACAUCAUUUUUGUCUCCGCCAUCAUGACGCUUAUUGGCGAAAUUCUCAUGGCAGCUGCUUUUGGCCUCCCUCAAUUCGUCGUUGGCCGUGUUCUCACCGGUCUCGGCAUCGGGCAGCUUAGCUCCAUCGUCCCAGUCUGGCAGUCCGAGACGUCUGCUGCUGCUAACCGCGGCCGACAAGUGGUCAUAUCUGGCGUGUUCAUGUGCGUGGGCUACAUGCUCGAAUCCUGGAUCGAUCUCGGCUUCUUCCAAUUCCACUCUGGUCCCAUUACUUGGCGCCCACCUCUGGCCAUCGCCGUGUUCUUCUCCAUCGUUUUAAUGGCCGCAAUUUACUUCUUCCCGGAAUCACCCAGAUGGCUCGUCAUGAAAGGAAGGUCAGAGCAAGCUCGCGCCGUGAUUUCCGUAUUGAAAUCGCUUCCGGCAGAUUCUAUGGAGGUUCAGGCUGAGCUUUCCGGAAUCGAGUAUUCCCUCGAAGAAACAAAGAGCACACAGGUCUCCUUGAAAGAUGUCCUCAAGAUGGGCGAAGACAAGCUUUUGUAUCGCUUCUGCCUGUGCAUGUCGCUUCAAUUCUUCCAACAGAUGGCUGGUUCCAACCUCGUCAGCGUAUAUGCACCAAUCCUUUUCCAACAAGGCCUCGGUCUCUCUAGCCAGUACUCUCGCAUUCUCAGCGGCGGAACCCUGACAUGGAAAUUCUUCGCCUCUUUCAUCGCUUUCUUCACGAUCGACCGGUUCGGGCGACGCGCUGCAUUCAUCGUCAGUGGCGCAGGAAUGUCUCUUUGUAUGAUCGCACUCGCUAUCGCAACAUCAUUCGGGACCGACAACUACCCAGCUCAGAUUGCGGCUGCUUUCUUCAUCUUUUUGUACAACACGUGGAUCCCAAUUGGCCUCAUGGGAGCGAAUUACCUCUACUGCACAGAGGUUGCGCCACUGCGUCUGCGUAUGGCUAUGAGUUCCAUUUCGACGGCGAACCACUGGCUGUUCAACUUCCUCGUCAUCAUGGUUACGCCGGUUGCUCUCAACACCAUUGGAUGGCGCUACUAUAUCGUCUACGCCGUGAUUGCGGCCGCUAUGCCGGUGACAGUGUACUUCUUCUUCCCUGAGACGACGGGACGGAAUCUCGAGGAGAUUGAUCUCCUGUUCCGUGAGUCGCCUUCGUGGAUGGCUACAGUGAAGUAUGCCAAAACACGACCGAUUGCCAUGCCGCAGGAGUUCAACUCCGAAAAGGGCGAGAAGGCAGACCACUUGGAGGGAGCUUGA